UUUGAUCAGGUAAAGAAUCGGUAAAUUGUUCGAUUCCGGUUGCUCGAUUUCUACCAAGCUCGAGCUUGUCGGUUUGAGAGGUCCCGGGAUGCCCGCUGAAACGGUUGCUCCGUUAAUGACAUUCAUUCAUCUGAUGCGAGCCAUCGAGGACGAACGCUGACGUAACAGAUAUUACAAUGCAACGAGGAUACAUUUUAUGUUGGUUUAUGAGUGGCUGGAUACUACAGGCACCAGGGGGCAGGAAAACAAUGAUGCACUUCAGGAACAUUAUCGACCUCUGUGCUAAAUCAGGACGAUAACCAACUUAAUGCAAGAUCAGUGGAUGAUGGACUUGUGGAUGUAAUUUAAUGUCCAGCGGAACUGGCUUGCUUCGGCUUGUGGAAGAUCUUCAUAUUGCAUUUUGUUGCAGUAGAGUUGCUGCUGCCCCGUCUCUCUCCCUCCUAUCCGACGUUGUUGUCAAUGAUCUAACAUGGCGACUGUACCAGUAUAUUGCAUCUGCAGAUUACCGUACGACGUUACCCAGUUUAUGAUCGAAUGUGACGCAUGCAAGGACUGGUUUCACGGAAGCUGUGUUGGUGUGGAUGAAGAUGAGGCUCCAGACAUUGACAUCUACCACUGUCCCAACUGUGAGAAAACAGACGGAAAAUCCACCAUGAAAAACAAGAAAAGGAAUAAACACGACACGGGACAGAGUGGAGACAUCCGAGCUGUUCAGAACGGCAGUCAGGUGUUCAUCAAGGAGCUACGCAGUCGCACCUUCCCCAGCUCUGAGGACAUUGUGGUGAAGCUGAACGGCAGUCAGCUGACGAUGGACUACCUGGAAGAGGUUGGUUUUAACGAGCCGAUCCUGGUUCUGAAGAAGGACGGUCUGGGGAUGUCCAUGCCCGCUCCUACCUUCUACAUCAAUGAUGUGGAGAACCAUGUUGGUCCAGAAGUGGGUGUGGAUGUGAUAGAUGUGACCAAGCAGACUGACAGUAAGAUGAAGCUCAAGGACUUUGUAGAUUACUACUACAGCACCAACAGGAAGAAAGUGUUAAACAUUAUCAACCUGGAGUUCUCUGACAAAAGAAUGGACAGUAUAGUGGAGAGCCCUCAGAUUGUUCGGAGGUUGUCGUGGGUAGAGAACUACUGGCCAGACGAUGCUCUCCUGGGGAAACCUAAAGUCACUAAGUACUGUCUGAUCGGUGUUAAAGACAGCUACACUGACUUCCACAUCGAGUGUGGAGGGGCCUCCGUAUGGUACCACGUACUCAAGGGAGAGAAGAUCUUCUUCCUGAUCAAGCCCACGUCAGCUAACCUAUCGUUGUACGAGCGCUGGAGGUCCUCAGCCAAUCACACAGAGAUGUUCUUCGCUGACCAGGUGGACAAGUGUUACAAGUGUACUCUGAAGCAGGGACAGACCCUAUUCAUACCAUCAGGUUGGAUCAACGCAGUUCUGACUCCAGUGGACACUCUGGCCUUUUCUGGACACUUUGUCCACAACCUGAGUGUUGAGAUGCAGAUGAGAGCAUAUGAGGUGGAGAAGCGUCUGAAGGUCAACUGUCUGACUCCGUUCCCCAACUUUGAGACGGCCUGCUGGUACGUGGGACGCCACCUGCUGGAGAGGUUCAAAGGUUUACACAAGUCCAACAAGCAACCAGCUGCCUACCUGGUCCACGGAGCUAAGAUCAUCAACGGAGCUUUUAGAGCUUGGACCAAGAAACAGGCUCUGUUAGAACACGAGGAUGAGCUUCCAGAGAACAUGAAGCCCACUCAGCUCAUCAAGGACCUGGCCAAGGAGAUCAGGAUCUCAGAGAAUGCGGCUAAAGCCAUUAAGAGUCCAGUGGAGGAACCCCCUGCUGCCCCAUCAGAGCCUGAGGACCCUGCUUCCCCCUCCAGCGUCCCCUCUCCCUCCCCUCCCCUCCGGGAAAAACCAGCUAGGAAGAAGGCCUCCAAGCCACCCAAGCCGCCCAAGAUGCCCAAGGCCCCCAAACCUCCCAAGGUCCCCAAAGUGAAGGAGGGAGGGAACAAGAAAGGAAAGAAAGAGAAGGAAGUCCCUGCUCCUCCUCCUCCUCCUCCAUCGAAGCCCUCCAGCCUGGCAGCUCUGGAGUCUCACGCCAAGGACAUCCUCAGCAAGAUGGACCAACCCAAGAAGGGCAAGAUGGGGGGCAAGGUGGCUAACAACAUCCUGAGUAUGUCGGGGACCUGUAAGCAGAACGAUUUGGAGAAGAUUGAGAUCCGAGAACAGAACAAGAAACAGGCGGAGGCCAAGUGGAAAUAUAAGAACAGUAAACCAGAUUCCUUAUUGAAGAUGGAAACUGAAGUGCACAAGUUUGAGAGAACGCCACUGUCGGGCAACAAAGACAAGUUUGCCUUUUCAAUGACACACAAGAAGUUACUAGGUUCUAAGCUGAAGCCCCAGACUAACUCCAGUGUGUUCAGCUCGUUACAAAACCUAAAAGAGGACAAGGCCAAGCCGGUGAGAGACGAGUAUGAGUAUGUGUCAGACGAAGGAGAGCUGAAGAUUGAUGAGUUCCCCAUCAGGAGGAAAAAGAGAGACUUAUCCUUCCUGUCAAACAUCAAAGAAGCAAUCCAGCCAUCCAAGAAGCCAAAGCUUAUCCCCUCUGAUGUCAAGAAGACUGACUCAUCAGAUGAAGAGUCGCUCCACAUCGACACAGAAGUCAAGCCAGAGGUCAAGCGGGAGUUGAAAGGUCGUAACUUGAAGGUAAAGAAGAAGGCGGGAAGCACGGCAGGCAUCCUGGACCUACUACAGGCCAGCAAAGCAGUGGGCGGCAUCGACUACAGCGUCAACAGUCAGCCACCUGCAUCUCCCAGCACACAGGAGGCCAUUCAGGGGAUGUUGUCUAUGGCCAACCUGUCCUCCGGGGCUACCGCUGGGGCCACAGCCAUCUCCUCCGACACCCCUGGGGCCUGGGGCUGUGACCGACCCGGCAGAAACCACUCCAACACCACCACCGCUGGACGGAAGGGAGGAGCAGCAAGCGGAGCGGGAGGAGGAGUAAGUAAGCGGCCAGCCAAACGACCCCUCAAAAAGACGAAGAAGAGCAGCAGCAUCGACAGUGCCGAGUUCGAUGAUGAUCAGGAUCACAUGGACGCCUGCUUCAAGGACUCAGAUUAUGUUUACCCUUCUCUGGAGUCUGAAGAGGAUAACCCUGUCUUCAAAUCCAGAUCCAAGAAGAGGAAAGGUUCAGACACUCCAUACAGCCCCACAGCACGUGUCGGUCCCUCUGUGCUUCGUCAGGCGAGGCCGGCCAGAGAAGGAGCAAGAGUGGCGUCCAUAGAGACAGGACUGGCGGCUGCUGCAGCCAAACUCUCUCACCAGGAGGAACAGCAGAAGACCAAGAAAAAGAAGAAAAGCACCAAAAAGAAGCCCCCUGCUGCCGUGAGGGAGGAGGAAGAGGAGGAGCCAGUGAGGAAGCUGAGCAGGUACAGCAGCUCUCCAGAACCAGGCGUGGGCCAGGACACUGAGCCGGGGCAGACCAACCACGAGUACUCCUCUGGGGCAGGAGGGAGUCAGGCUGGAGGGCUCCAGCCCAUGGCCCCCGGAGUCUUCCUCACACAGAGACGACCCUCCACAUCUUCAUUGUCUCAGAACAACAACACAGCCAAAGGGGAGCGAGGAGCAGGAGGAGGAGCAGGAGGAGAAGCAGCAGGAGGAGGAGGAGCAUCAGCAGGAGCGAAGCGGCUAAAGAAAGGCAUGGCGACGGCUAAACAGAGACUGGGAAAGAUCCUCAAGAUCCAACGCAAUGGGAAACUCCUCCUUUAACAGGAAGUGACUCACUGAGAACUGCCAUUGGUUCCUGAUGCAGUACUAUUGGCCAAUGAACUGAUCGCUUCUCCAACUCCUCUCUUCUGAUAGGUCCAGGGCCAACAGAGACAGACUGCUUUAUAACUUUCAGAUAUUAAAGUGUACAGAAUACCUGCUAGAAAUAUUUUUUAAAGAAAAAUGUGUGUCAUUUUACUACAGUCAGUUUAUCAGGGGGUCACUACACUAGAGAUAAAUUAGGGCUGCUGUCCAAAUGGCACUCUAUUACCGUUAUAAUGCACUGGUCACCCAUAGGGCUCUGGUCAAAAGUAGUGCACUAUAUUGGGAAUAGGGUGCCAUUUGGGAAGACAGCCUAGAAAUACAUUGCAGUCAUUCCAUUCUAGGGUUGGGUGGGGUA